AUGAUCUCCAUUGAAAACUCCCAAACGUUUGAUGUAAGCGGAGAAUUCUUCCGGUGUGUAAAGACCGAAACGCUCAUCUUCUGUUGGAUAGUAGGCAAUGUCGAAGUUGAAAUGGGCGGCUCCGUUGAUGUGCUCGGCCAGGUAUUCUGGAUUCUUCAACUCGUUCAUUCCAACUCCGAACUUGUUGUAGUACUUGGAUUUGUACUCAGCAAUGUCGGCUUUUGGCUUGAACGUCCAGGAGCAAUCGAGGAUGCGGACAUUCUGAAAUUAAGAAGAGUUUCAUACACCAGAAGCUUCAAAGCAAACGAAAAAGAAGGCAACUCACUCCGAAGUUUUGCACCACCCACUUGGGUUCGACGAUCAUUUCGACAGCCAUGGCUCUUCUUUUUUGAGUUGGUUGAAAAUCGCUGGUUGGGAAACGAUGAACUGAUUGAUUCGAGCAAAAUCCCGACUAUUUACGCUAGUCUUAUCAGUUUGACACGAUCUCAGAGGUCAUCGAAACGUGGAUUGUCACGCUGA